AUGGCGCUCCGUCGACCACAUCGCAAAUCCCGCCACGGCUGUCUGGAAUGUAAGCGCCGACGAGUAAAGUGUGACGAAGUCCGACCGACCUGUUCCAAUUGUGUCAAGCGUCAUUCAGAAUGCGAGUAUGGCUCAUCGACUUCUCUGCUGUGGGCGAAUGAGGAACCGAUCAUCUCUCGGCAAUCGGGCUCUCGAGCUUCAGGCUCAGACCAAGGUCAUCCGGGCGACUCGUUACUGAACAGCCCUUCCACCGAAUCGCUCGGCGUGUUGAGUCGACUGGGUGGAGAUGGUCUGUCCGCUUCAACUGGGACGACCGUGACGACUCCUGCGUCUUCAACGGCCCUUAAUUUGCAUGACCUUGAGCUCAUGAUGCAUUGGUGCAAUCAUACGCAUCAGACCCUUUCUCACAAUCAAAGCACCGACCUCGUCUGGCGCAAUGCCGUACCUGAAGAAGCACUCUCUCAUCCAUUCCUAAUGCAUAGCAUCCUUGCGCUCUCGGCGCUACAUCUCGCCCGCACAGGCCCUGAGGCGCCGCGACGUGCUGCAUAUUUGAAUCGGGCGGUGACUCAUCAAAACCAAGCGCUGGCCUUGUUUCGCGAACUGUUGAGCGAUAUUCGGGAGUCGAAUGCAAAGGCGAUGUUCGCCUUUGCCGGGGUCGUAGUGGUGUAUACGUUUGGAUUUCCACAAAGUCCAGACGCCCAGGACCCGUGCACUUGUAUCGAAGAUCUAUAUCAGAUCCUUGUCCUGGUUCGCGGUGUGCAACAAGUCAUCCGCUCGCCAGCGGAGUAUCUCAGCCACACCAAUUUCGCACCGAUUAUACAAAUCGAAGAACUCAACACAGAACUUCCGGAUGACGCCAGCGCAACCAUCAACGACCUGCACGAGGCAAAUGAGGUCUGUGGGGCUCGAGAUCAGGCUCAUGAGACGGAAGUCUAUACGGUCGUCAUCGAUAACGUGGCCGAGAUGCUUCGCUGGGUAUACGGUGGAAUGACAUCCAAUGUCAUGGUGGGACGGUGGGCUGUCAAACUACCGUCUCGAUUUUUGGAGCUAAUGCGGGAGCGAGAGCCCAUGGCGCUCGUCCUGCUCGCACACUUUGGAGUGUUGCUGCAGUAUUCGAAACAUCGCUGGUGUUUUGAGGAUUGGUGUGGGCGAUUGGCAAAAGCCGUUUGGGCGUUGUUGGAUGAAGGGUGGAGGCCACUCGUUCACUGGGCCAUGAUGGGCAUUUUGGGGGAAAACUAUCUUGAGACGGUAAAGCCUUGA